AAUCCCCCAAUUCGGUUAACUCGUUUCGUAUGCUCGCACCAGAAAAACCCUAACUCCUACUGGACAAACCCUUCCAAAUCGUCCCGUUUCCGAUUCAACUCGGUCCAACCAGUUGGGGUUAGAAACAACAUGGGAUUUGAGGAUAUGGAUUGAUAUAUGUGAGUUUGCUGUUCAAUUUGUGUGUAAAGAUAAUCAAUGUCUCAAUUCGAGAAUCCGAAAACAUGCUGUUAAUGGGUCGUGAGGGAAUUGCUUGAAAUGAAAUGCCAAUAUGGGGUGUUGUGUUUUUUAUUUGUUUUUGAGCUGAUUACUUGAUUUGGGUUAAGAAGUUGUCGUGGAGAGGGCACGGUCUAGGGCAAUGGAGACACCGGGUUCAGAUGGUUCUGUUUCUAAGCGGUCUCUGAGGAAGAAAGCAAGUUUGCGCAAUUAUGAUGAGAAUUUGAUGGAUGAUAUAAUAGAGAAGCAUUUAGGUGGUACUUUUAAGAAAAGGAAGGGAACAAAGGUGGAUUUGGAGAAAGAGACUGAAACAGAGGCCAUGAUAGCACUGUCCCUCGGGUUCCCCAUUGAUGAGCUGCUUGAGGAGGAAAAACAAGCUGGGGUGGUCACCGAGUUGGGUGGGAAGCAGCAGAAUGAUUACAUUGUUGUGAGAAAUCAUAUUUUAGUAAGAUGGCGGAGUAAUGUGCGAGUGUGGCUUUCAAAAGGGCAGAUUAAAGAAACUGUGAGUGGUGAUUAUGAGCAUUUGAUAUCUUCAGCUUAUGAUUUUCUUUUGUAUAAUGGAUACAUCAAUUUUGGGGUUGCACCAGCAUUUAUGGCUAAUAUGCCAGAGGAGGUAACUGAAGGGUCUGUCAUCAUUGUUGGUGCGGGACUUGCUGGACUAGCGGCUGCAAGGCAGCUUAUGCAAUUGGGUUUCAAGGUGGCUGUUUUAGAAGGUAGGAAUCGACCAGGUGGAAGAGUCUACACCCAAAAGAUGGGGAAGGAUGGAAAGUUUUCUGCUGUGGAUCUUGGCGGCAGUGUCAUUACUGGCAUCCAUGCUAACCCACUUGGAGUUCUGGCGAGGCAACUUUCUAUUCCGCUUCAUAAGGUCAGAGAUAAGUGUCCUUUGUACAAACCUGAUGGGACACCUGUUAAUAAGGACAUUGACUCUAACAUUGAAAUCAUCUUUAAUAAGUUGCUUGACAAAGUCAUGGAACUCCGACAGACAAUGGGUGGGUUUGGAAAUGAUAUAUCUCUGGGUUCAGUUUUGGAGAAACUGAGGCAGUUGUAUUCUGUUGCUAGAAGCACUGACGAGAAGCAACUUCUUGAUUGGCAUCUUGCAAAUUUGGAAUAUGCAAAUGCUGGAUGUCUAUCAAAUCUCUCAGCUGCCUACUGGGAUCAGGAUGAUCCUUAUGAAAUGGGUGGGGACCACUGUUUUCUUGCUGGAGGUAAUGGGAGAUUGAUCAGAGCACUGUGUGAAAGAGUUCCCAUAUUCUAUGGAAAGACUGUCAAUACUAUUAGGUAUGGAGAUGAAGGGGUUGAAGUUAUUGCAGGGGACCAAGUGUUUCGAGGGGACAUGGUCCUAUGCACUGUUCCUCUUGGAGUUCUGAAAAAGGGUUCCAUCAGAUUUGAACCCGAGUUGCCCCAAAGAAAGCUCGCAGCAAUUGAAAGGUUGGGAUUUGGUCUGCUGAACAAAGUAGCUAUGGUUUUUCCUCAUGUUUUCUGGGGUGAAGAACUAGAUACUUUUGGAUGUCUCAAUGAACAUAGCCAUCAACGUGGAGAGUUCUUUUUGUUCUAUGGAUACCAUACUGUAUCUGGAGGUCCAGUUCUUAUUGCACUGGUGGCGGGAGAAGCUGCAGAGACAUUUGAGUGCACAGAGCCAUCAAUAUUGCUCCAUCGAGUUUUAAGCGUCCUCAGAGGUAUAUAUACUCCUAAGGGCAUUGAUGUACCUAAUCCAAUUCAAACCAUUUGUACAAGGUGGGGUGGUGAUCCCCUUUCCUAUGGUUCAUAUUCUCAUGUUAGAGUACAGUCAUCUGGCAGUGACUAUGAUUUGCUCGCAGAAAGUGUGGGAAACCGGCUGUUCUUUGCAGGUGAGGCCACAACCAGGCAACAUCCAGCUACCAUGCAUGGGGCCUUUCUGAGUGGCCUAAGAGAGGCUUCGUGCAUAUAUCGUGCCACAAGACGUAGUCAAAACUAUUUGAGGAAAGUCAUACAAAAGAAUGUUGGAUCAAGCACUGAUAUGCUGGAAGAUCUAUUUGAGAAGCCCGAUUUGGAAUUUGGGAACUUUUCAUGUGUAUUUGAUCCUUCAAUAGAAGACCCAAAAUCAAUAGGAUUUAUGAGAGUUGGUGUUGGGAGUAGUGAAAACAGUUAUAAACAAGAGCUAACAAGCAGCUCCCAAAAUGCCUUAACCAUACCAUUGCAGCUUUACACAUUUAUAUCUCGUGAGCAAGCAUGUGGGUUAGAACUGGUGACAGGAGGAGAUGAAAGUAGGCUAUCGUACUUGGUGAAAGUUUUCGGCUUGAAGCUGAUGGGACCUAGUGCCAUAGGAACUGUAGGUAACUCCUUGGCAGUUAGCAUUGGUAAUGCUCGAAGAGGAAGGGGAAGGAAUCGCAUGUCCGCCGGGCGGCAGUAGGUUGCUUGCAGUUUCAAAGACUUUUGUGCAUCGUUUGGAGUUUCAUGUUCAGGUGCACACUUCUGUAUAUCAUUGAGCCAUUUAUGCAAUUCAUUUGGUUUAAGAGAAAUUGAUCUCUUGGAGUCGAACUGUGAAAACUCAUUUUAUGCAUAUCUGUAGAACAUGUUUUAGUCUGACCUUGAUUCAGGUAGUGGGUUGACUGAAGACUCAUCAACCAUUCAUGCAGGUAUGAAAUUUUGAUUAGGUUGAAGAUCUUGUACACCUUCCCAUAUUAAUAGGGAACAGAAUAUCGAUAGACAUUGAAAGUUAAUCGAAUAUUUUUGAAUGUCAAGUUCUUUGUCUUUGUUCAUAUUUCAUCCUGAAUAAGCAUACUCUCUUAUUUA